AUGACUAUGGAGCGUGAGGAGUUUGUUUCUCAGAACAGAGAAACAAUGAGUUGGGACAUCAAUGACAUGAAACUGCCACAGGAUGUGAAAACAACCGACUGGUUUCAGGAAUGGCCAGAUUCCUACGUGAAGCACAUCUACAGUUCAGAGGAUAGGAACGCGCAGAGGCACUUGAGCAGCUGGGCUAUGCGCAACACCAACAAUCACAACUCCCGCAUCCUGAAGAAGUCCUGCCUGGGAGUGGUCGUUUGUAGCCAGGACUGUUCUGCUGAGGAGGGGAAGAAAAUCUAUCUAAGACCAGCCAUCUGCGACAAAGCCCGGCAGAAGCAACAGAGAAAGCGAUGUCCUAACUGUAACGGGCCUUUGAAACUCAUUCCCUGCCGUGGCCAUGGGGGCUUCCCAGUCACCAACUUCUGGAGGCACGAUGGACGGUUCAUCUUUUUUCAGUCAAAAGGGGCACACGACCAUCCAAGACCAGAAACAAAACUAGAGGCAGAAGCAAGACGGUCAAUGCAGAAAUCCAACAUGGCAUCUUCUUCCUCUUCCACUGCCUCUCCAAAGCUGAAGAAGACCCCAGGGACAAAGUCCCUACCCGCUGAAACCCAAAGUCAAGAAAGUUUACCUUUAAGUUGGUCUUACCAGGAAGGCUUCCAAUUGCCCAGCAGUUUGAAUGGGCAUUUAAUAGAUAACAUGCCCCAGAAGAAGUCAAUGAAUAAUUGCCUUUCACUGACCAAGAGUUAUUAUUUUGGAAGAGCCCCUCAGCUUGUAGAGCCCUUGGAGGACUCUGGUCCCACUAAAUUCUAUGAGAAAUGCAAACUGACGGCGAGUCGGAUUUGCACCAGUGGAGAAUUGCUUCAACCAUCUCUCCCUGCAGUCUACUCGGAUUAUGGAGAUUUUCAGAACUGGAAUAGGAAUACAGGUCUGGGGGGACCUCCCCAUCAUGACAGUUACUAUCCUGGCUAUCCUUUUCCUUUGACCAGUUGGCCUUGUGACCUCUCCCCAACACUGAGCUGCAUGGAAGCCAGCAAUCAGCAGCUGCCCAGUGAGAUGUCAGUUGUCAAAGCUAGCUACCACCCAUUCAGGCCUACCUCAGCCCUGUCUGGUAGCGACCUAUAUGAAGAGAAGCUGCACAUGGAUUUUAAUGGCUAUUUCCCCACUGCUAGGUACCACUUCCCUCAGGAAGACCCUUUUCUCCUCAGCUACACCCCCCACCACCAGUACUCACUUCCAGCUAAAGGGGGCAAAUGGGACUUUGAUGAAGAAGUGAAAUUCAUGAAUUUGGAUCAUGACAACAAUGAAACGUGUCUAAACAUCUAUCCUUUAAGAUGA